AGGUGUUAGAACAGCUUAAAACAUUGGGAUCUAAGUUUGCUUUACAAGCUUUCUUUCAUAAAUCUUAAUACUGUUGCCACCAAAAGGUAUUUCCUGUCCCUUAUUUCAGCUCUAUCAUCAAUCUUCCAUCUGCUAAUUAAAGCCGCCUCUCCUUCCAAACACAACCAAUCCUCUCUCUCUCUCUCUCUCUCUCAUAUGAAGACAAAUCCUUCAGCAGCAGCUUCAAAGCUGGCCCUGCACAAGAAUUCAUAUGCAGUAUCGAAGUUGAAGCCAAAGAUACGCAUAAUCCACAUAGUUGCCCCAGAAAUCAUAAAGACAGAUGUGGCGAAUUUCCGACAGCUCGUCCAGCGCCUCACCGGAAGAUCGUCAUCAGCUGCCAGCGACAAAAAACCCGGCAGCCCACAGGAAACAAGCAGCACUAAUACUACUUCAUCUGAAGAAGUGGUAAUUUGCAGCGCUGAAGCUGCAGGCAAGAACUCCAUUGCAUCUGCAGAAAGUGAUCGAAUUGGAAUGCGCAAUCCGGAAAAACCAGAGAUCAGGAUGAAGAAGGAGAGCCUGCAAGAAAUAUGGAAAGGUGAUGAGAUUAAUUCAUCAAAUGGUUAUAGUAAUUAUAUGUGUGGUUUUGGUGAUAUGGAUCGACUGAUACAAGACCUCCAGCCCGAUUACCCUUUGCUGCCUCUAAGCUCUACUUCUCACUUUAACAUGUAUGAAGGCCUGCCACUUUGCCAGUGAAGAAGACCCCUCUCUAUUUUUCACUUCUAACAGCCCCUUUCGAUGGAUAUAUAUAUAUAUGGUUUGUAGAAAAUGGGUUUCAAGAUAUUGUUAUUUUGUCUGCAUUUGUUGUAUUUAAUUAAUUAUAUGUUAAAUUAAAUUACGAUGACAAUGUAUCAAGCAUCAACUCUACUAACAACUUAAAUUUUCGGCCCCAUCAUUUCUUUAGCUA